AUCAGAGCAACAGUUUUAACAUAAAGCAAUGGACUCCACUAACAGCAGCUCAAGGGACCAUACAAAGCCAGUGAUGAGAAAGAAGUGCAAGUAUCAAGUGAGGUGGUUCUAUUCAAAAGGAGCAUUUCUUGUUCUAUUGUGGACUACACUUGUCAGUGCAACUUUUUGGUCGUAUACAACAAAUUUGGGACAAAAAUUCCUUAAGAAAUCAUAUGGGGAACACUGGUAUAUAGUGCUUAUACCACUGUCAAGCUUAACUUUCAUUGUCAUUCCACUGCUAGGAUGGUUAGCAGAUGCUAAACUCGGAAACUACAGAGUCUUUAAAUUCAACUGCUUCUCUUUACUAAUUGCCACAAUCAUUUGCGGCAUUCAUAUUCUCUACGGUCUCACACUAAAGUCAAUUGCAUUGCAGUACACAAGUGCUGUCGUUUUAGUACUAGUAGAUGCAGUAGGUACAGCAGGUGCAGUAGUUUCCAUAACGACAGCCUUACAGCUGGGUCUAGAUCAAAUGCCAGAUGCUUCUUCUACUAACAUGUCAAGUUUCAUUAGUUGGUUUGCAUUUUCAAUCUUUUUUGGGUUCUGGAUUGCUGACUGGCUAUUAAGCACACUCUUGUAUUGCGUACCAUUGUCGGAAAGCACCAAAGUGCAAAUGUUUAGCUUGUUUCCAGUGACGUGUACGAUAAUUAUCUGCUCUUCAAUGUUUUUGUUAGCUCCAAAAUGGCUAACUAUUGAACCAAAGUCACCUAAAACCCUCAAAAUCAUCUACCAAGUUUUCAAGUUUGCAGCCAAGCACAAGGCUCCUAUUUAUCGCAGUGCUCUCACAUACUGGGAGGAAGAUGUACCCUCUAGACUAGACCUGGGGAAGACAAAAUAUAGUGGACCAUUUUCUACAGAGCAAGUUGAAGAUGUGAAAACCUUCCUAAGAAUACUUAUGAUGUCUUUCCCAAUAUUCGUCAUUUUAACAGCGGGUGGAAAUAUACUAGUCAGUUUCGUGGCUAUUGAUCAAGUGGUAAUAUUUAACACAACGAAAUAUCAUCUCAACCCUAACAUCACCGAAUGUAUAUCAAGCAUCGUAUACAAUUUUAGUUUCAACCCUUGGUGGAGUGGUAUCGUUACAACAGUCGUUUAUGAGUUUGCUAUGUAUCCACUCAUAAGAAACAAAGUACCCAGCUCUAUCCGGCGAAUUGGAAGUGCGGCUCUACUUAUCCUGCUACUGAAUGCGCUCAAUUUGGCUAUGCAAUUCUGUCCAUAUGUGUGGGCGUCAGUAUUUUUUACAGGAAUUCUCACUGGCUUUGGACUUGUACUCCUAAUAAACGGGAUACUGGAAUUUGUGUGUGCCCAGUCACCAUACAACAUGCGAGGACUUCUGACUGCCUACAUAAUAUUUCUAGCACUUCUCUCAGUAUCUUUCAACUUUCUUAUGAAAUGUGUCCAUUUUUUGAUUUAUAAACAUUCAAAAUAUUAUGUGGUCCCUUCAAUAUCAACUGCACUGAGUGUGAUUGGAUUGGUCCUGUACUGCCUCCUGGCUCGCUGGUAUAAGAGGAGAGUUAGAGACGAGGACUACAAUGCACACAGAGUGGUGGAGGAGGUCUAUGAUCGAUACCUCUCUCAUGCACAGUACAGACAAUAAUACAAUUGUGUAUAAUUUAUACACUUAGAUUGAAAGUCAACUAUAGCUGAUUAGGUCCAUAACAUACAAACUUAACACACUUAGCUAUUGCAUGUUCUGUCUGUUUCACCACAAACUUAUAAACAUUCAGUUUCAAUGAAUAAUUACGUCUCACAUUUGAAAUAACAUUAAGUACUAGAUCUGUAUACACAACU